UGGCAGAGAGGUGUUAGACACUCCGCCGCUUCCUGAUCCCGCUGGCUCCUCCCCGCUUCCCUCAGCAGCUGAUCCUCAGCUGCAGCCCUCGCCUCCCGGCCCGGCUCUAGCGUGGCGCCGCCGCCGGUUAACUCGCUGCUGGAGCGGCGCGGGGGGACAGACACACUCGCCCCUGCGGGGGGACGGUAACGUUCGCCACUCCGGGCACGGACGGACACGUUCGCCACUCCAAGGACCUCCUGGGGCAAGGACACAUUCGCCGCUGCGGGAACUUGGAGGGGGCCGGACACGCUCGCCGCUCCGGGGACCUUUUGGGGGAAGGACACGUUCGCCACUCGGAGGACCUGCCGGAGAACGGGACCCUGUACUUCUCAGGUAAUAUCUGAUGCCAUGUCAGGCAACAGGAGUGUCAUUUAAAGAGUGAUGUCCCUGAGGCGCUGCACAGACCCCCAGUCCCACCUUGCAGCUGACUGCAUGCUGCCUGCGCACAAAAUGAACAGCUUGAAACUUUCAGGUCUGUAUUUCCCCAUAGCACCAGUACCUAGGGAAGAUACGGUUUUCAGAAGGUGAGAGGAAUUAGCCUGACCAUCCUGGCCAUCUUUGUGUAGCACUGCAUCUGCUGGGAAUUAGGAGUCUUGAAACUUUAAAAUAAGCAGGGGGAAAACUGUCCCUGACAUAAACUGUGAUGCGGCAAGAUGACUGAGUACUCUUAGACUGCUGCCAUAUUCUGGUGACAGCUUUUCCAUAAAAAUAGAAAUUAUUUCAUUAUAAAAAGUCAGUUAAGUGCUUUGGGUUUCUUCUUGGUUAAGAUUAUAGAAAGAGCAUCAAAUCCUGCAUAACCAAGCUUUUUAUUUGACAACACAAUAGCCUUAAUUUUAACACAUAACAAAAGUAAAUAAAAAACUUCCUCUUCUAAUUGGGAAUAAAAAAAGAAUGUAAAAAGUUACAUUAACAGUGUAAACAUUAACAAUUAACAAUGCUUCACAACUGAAGUGAAAACAAAGCAGUUAAUCUCUUCUAAUCUGAACUGUACAUAAGGAUGUUUUCUAGUUAGAGUUGUUGAUGGCCAACUACUGCAAUGUAACAUGUCUAGCCACCCUCAAUAUAGAGAGGCAAAGACUGUCCAUCAUGGUUUGUGUGUAUUACCUUAGCUUCAGACACAGGUAGGCUUCAGACAUUGCUAUAAAAUCAUAUUUUAUAUCUUUGUUGCUUGCAUGCCAUGACAUUCUGCACCAUUACAAUUAUAUCAGAAACUGUUGCUCACUCAGCAAGAUUUCACGUUUUCCCCUUUCCUAAAGUAGUGUUCAGGUUGGGUAUCUUUGAGUAGCUUUGGUUUCUGUACUGAAAUAAAUAUGCAAUAUAAUAAAAUCUCCAGUGCUUUUUCUCCACAUUCUGGAUCCAGUCUCAAGGAAAGCUGUGUACUUAAAUGGUUUUGCAUAGAAAUAAAACUAUUUCCUAAGCCCCCAGUUCCAGGAUUUUAAAGAAAGAUUUAACUGAGUUUGUUUUUGUUUUGUUGGGGUUUUUCUGGUUGUUUGUUUUUGUGGUGUUUUUAAAAUCACAUUUGUAAGCAGUCAGAAUUUAAAAGAAAAAUAAUAGCAGACUGUCAAUCUCUUCUGCUCAAUGACAUGACCUUAUAGGUUAAAAAACUGUACUGGUAAGCAUUCUUUUCACUCUCUUGCUUCCUUUCUUUGAAUUAACUUUGAAUAUAACACCUAAGGAAGUUACCAUAGCCUAUACAGGUAAUAUCUUCCUUGGAAAAUGACCGGUGUCUAUGUUAAUAAAGCCAGAGUGCUGUUAUCUCUCCAAAGCACAUACACUGUUGUCCUGAGUCAUACUGAAGUAGCAUCAGUGUAACAUCUUUGUGUCCUUCAACGGGAACAUUCUGCAGCUUGCAAUGGAAUUGAUGUACUGACAGAAGUUAGUCAAACAGAUCAAACUUCAUCAAGUUGCUGUUCUUGGGGACAUUUUAGCAUGGGGGUGCUGUACUGAGACUGGUUGUCACAGACCAAAUUGGAUUGAGCCUGGCCGCACUCAAAAGGCACAGGAAGCCAGAGUCUGUCUGCACACACUGCUUGAGCUGUUUAAUCUGCAGCAUGUUCACAGUCUCCUCCGUGUCUCAAAAGCAGCAUGAAAUCAAGCACAACAAAUGUUUUACCUGGAAUUUCAACAAGUAGGCAACAGAGUGGAGGAGUCAACUGGAAAGGAAAUGGGAGAUAAUGAACAGGGUGGUGACUUGCUGUAGAUGCCCUUGGAAAUGAAGGCUGCGAUGAAAUCCCACAAUGCCGUUUUGAGAGGAUGAGGUGAAGGGGGAGAAAGGGCAAUAGAAAAUGGCCAAGCAAACAGCCCUGACGAUUACUUUGGCGACUCUGCUGGGUGUUGCACUGGGGGGCCUGGUUUUGUGGAAAGCAACCCAGCAUCGGAAAGGAAAAACACGCUGUAGUAGUCAGCAAGAGGAAGCAGCAGGAAAGUCAGGAGAUGAGGAACUCAUUAAGGCAGAGGAUAAGAAGGAGCUUUCCUUCUUCAGAUCUCCCACCUUUCUCUGGAUAGAGAGCACCCUUGGUGCAGACAUAGUGAUAGUUUCAGAACAGGAGGAGUGGGAUCAUGCUGAACCAUUGCUGAAGAAAGAACUGGAGAAGUGGCCGGUUCUUGGAAUUGAUUGUGAGUGGGUGUCUGUUCAGGGAAAAGCAAAUCCUGUAUCCCUGUUGCAGAUGGCUUCUUCCAGUGGCCUCUGCAUUCUUGUUCGGUUGCCCAGGCUUGUUGCCAGUGGCCAGACUCUUCCAAAGACCCUGGUGGACAUCAUGGCAGACAGUGCUGUGUUGAAAGUUGGGGUAGGAUGCUGGGAAGAUGCUUGCAAAUUGCUUAAUGAUUAUGGCCUUCCAGUCAAAGGGAGCAUGGAUCUCCGGUAUUUAGCCGUGAGACAGCGGAAGGAUCUACUUCACAACUGCCUUAGCCUUAAGUCUUUAGCUGAAAAAGUCCUGAACUUCCCGCUUGACAAAUCUCCUCAUGUGCGUUGCAGCAACUGGGAAGCAGAAGAACUGACACAAGAUCAGGUUCUCUAUGCUGCUAGGGAUGCCCAGGUCUCAGUGGCUCUGUUCUUCCAUUUGCUGGGAUUUACCAGCCUCCCUGCUACAUCUGAAGGUGAAAACUCUGUCACUGCUUGGGAGAAAGCACGGGUUAAAUGCCAGGGCUUGGUGGAUAUCCCAUUUAGAGGAAGAAAGAGUGGCAGCACAGGAGAGGAGAAGAGUGGAGAGGGACGUUCCCCUCAGAAAACAAAGAAUCGGAAAUCUUGGGUGAACGGCCAGCCCUCUGGCAAUCAGCAAAUGAGAGAUCCACGGAGGCAGAAGCGAAAGCCUCUGGGUGUGGGAUAUUCUGCAAGAAAAUCUCCACUGUAUGACAACUGCUUCCUGCAUGCACCAGAUGGACAGCCCCUGUGCACGUGUGAUCGCAAGAAGGCUCAGUGGUAUUUGGACAAGGGGAUUGGAGAGCUAGUUAGCACAGAACCUUUUGUUGUGAAACUGCGUUUUGAGCCUUCAGGACGUCCCGAGUCCCAAGUUGAUUAUUAUCUGACAGUCAAAGAAAACCUCUGUGUUGUAUGUGGCAAGCGAGAAUCCUAUAUCCGGAAGAAUGUUGUUCCUCAUGAAUACCGAAGACAUUUCCCCAUCCAGAUGAAGGACCACAACUCACAUGAUGUGCUCCUACUCUGCACAUCCUGCCAUGCCAUCUCCAAUUACUAUGACAACCACCUCAAGCAGCAGCUGGCCCAGGAGUUUGGGGCUCCCAUCGGCUCCGAGGAAGGUGUGCGUCUCCUGGAGGACCCUCUGCGCAGGCAAGUGCGCUCGGGGGCGCGCGCCCUGCUGAAUGCAGACAGCCUGCCUGACCCCCGCAGGGCAGAGCUGCUGCAAGGCAUCAAGGACUUCUAUAACACAGACACAGUCACUCCAGAGAUGCUCCAGGCAGCAGCUGAUUUGGAAACCAGGAUCUGCAAUGAGAGCUACGUGCCACAUGGACUGAAGGUGGUGCAGUGUUGUGCUAAAGGAGGCCUGCGCUCUCUCAUGCAGCUGGAAAGACGCUGGCGGCAGCAUUUCUUGGACAGCAUGAAGCCCAAACACCUCCCAGAGCAAUGGUCAGUGGACCAUAACCAUGUGAAGUUGAUCCAAAAGUAUGGGGAGGAUCUUCAGAUCAAGCUGUCAUGAAACUUACUUCCUGGACUCUGGAUAGUGUCUAAUGGACAUAUUUAACUGAAGAUGGAAAGACUAUUUUUAUUUCUAUGUCUCCACUAACACCUGGGGCCUGGGUUUUCAAAAAGGCAGCAGUAGAUCUGCCAUGUUCGCCAGUUAAAAUUAAAUUUGGUGGUUUAUAGAGUUAAA